AAUAUUGCAGUCACACGACAAAAGUAUUCUGUCUCACCUUACCCCACCACAGAAGUCGAAUCUUUCUUGUCCUCGAUAAUAUUACUUCGUAUAUAACUUGACUUGAUGCCUGUUACUCGAGGUGAUAAACUUAAUGGCCGUAUAUUCGACUAUGUCGUCAUAGGAGGUGGCACCGGAGGCUGCGUCCUAGCCAGUCGGCUUUCUGAGGACCCAGCUAACCGGGUUUUGUUGCUGGAGGCAGGUACAAGUGAUGGAAAUAUCAUGGCAGCUAGGAUCCCCAUGCUCUAUCCCCGCUUACACGAGGACACUCGAUACGAUUGGGGGAUUACGACUGUAAAGCAAAAGCACGCUUACGACCGAGAGUUAAUUUGGCCGCGCGGAAAACUUCUCGGUGGCUGUAGUAAUGUGAAUGCUAUGAUAUUGCAACAAUGUGCUCCCGCUGAUUAUGACUCGUGGGGAAUUGAAGGAUGGGCGUUCAACGACCUGUUGCCAUAUUUCAGGAAAGCGGAAACAUAUAACCCUGCUCAAAACAUGCCGUAUCACGAAGAGCUACACGGUAGGGAUGGGCCAUGGCAUACGACCAGUGUAGUUGACCAGACGCCACUAGGCCAUGCAUUCUUAGACGCGUGUGAAAAAGAAGGCAUUCCAAGAGUCCAUGAUAUCAACGGCCAUGUCAGUUGCGGCGCUUUAACAUUCCAAACGUUUUCUUUCAAUGGUCGUCGCUCCAUGAUAUCCAGUGCAUACUUAUCCCCAAGCGUAUUAGCAAGACCAAAUUUGACAGUUGGCCUCGGAUGCCAUGUAACCAAGAUUAUUUUCAGUGCUGACGGGAGUGUUGCCGAAGCGGUGCAAUACCAGACAAAGCAGAAUGGCCAUACCUUUACCGUUAGAGUAGCAAGAGAGGUUGCGGUGUGUGCAGGUGCAAUCCAAUCUCCUCAGAUAUUGAUGCUUAGUGGAAUCGGACCUGGUCGUCAUCUGGAGGAACACAAAAUACCGGUGAUUCACAACCUUGAAGGUGUAGGUGAAAAUAUGGCUGACCACAAUAGAAUUCCUCUAUUAUACGAGACAAUCCCGGGCUACUCUUUAAAUGGCUUGCAAGCAUCUAUACCUAAACUCGUCUACAACUUUUACCGCGGCCUCGUACAUAACGAUGGUCCAUUGACUCGCCCUAUCAUUGAAGCAGCAGCCUACUUCCGCAUCCCUGACGGCCCUUGUAACGCUAGUGCAUCCGACUCGCCUCAUUUCGAAAUUUUUGAAGCUCCCUAUCUUAUUAAUCAGGACCCUCUGGUUCUCAAGAACACAGAAGGAACCAGCGUUUUUAUCGUUCUAUUAAGCCCAUUCUCAUUGGGCACUGUGCGCUUAGCCUCAUCCAAUCCUUGGAGCAAAGCGCUUGUGGAUCCUAAAGUGCUAUCCGAUUCACGAGAUGUAGAGCUCUACGUCGCUGCGUUCAAAAAGACCCUGGCUAUAGUGAACCAACCUGGGUUUUCUAAAUAUCUGAAACGAGAGAUUCAGCCUGGUCCUCUGUCUACGGAUGAGCAAAUUGCUGAUUAUGUGCGAAAAGAGAUCGUAACAACCUACCAUCCUGCUGGUACUUGUAAGAUGGGCGCCAAAGCAGACUCUACUUCAGUAGUGGAUGCGAAUUUGAUUGUACACGGCACCAAAAAUCUCAGAGUAGUGGAUGCUUCGGUAUUCCCUCGUAUUCCUGGUGGUCAAAUCUGCUGGCCUGUCAUCGCUACUGCCGAGAAGGCGGCAGAUAUGAUAAAACAUCACAAGCUGAUGAACAAUCCACCACGAUACAUCCUUGAGGCUAAACUUUGAGCAACGGAUGAAUUUAAGCAUUAUGGCAUCUUUAAUAAUAGUUUAAAUUCUUUUUAUUUUAUAUUAUUCAGUCAAAAGAUUCU